AUGAGAUCUAGCACCCUUCAAGUCUUUGUCAUUCUCUUUCUAGUAUUUCUCCCCAUUCUCUGUUUUGAAUCCUUGUUUCUUUUUCAGGGAAAGGAUCUCUUUGCAGAAAAGGACCUGGAUUUCUGUGAGGUAGAGAGGCCUCCGUUGGACACCAGUGAGAAGCCACUGGGUAAGGAGGAAAGUGGAUUUUCUCCGUUUGGUCUCAUUCUGUUGGUUUCCAACUAAUCUGUGGGUUCUUUUCAUUUUUGGGGUGGGGCGGGGGGACUGUUGGGACCAAGGGUCCAGAGGAAGGGAGAUGUAUUUUUGCAUAUCUAACAUAUGAAAUGGGCACAAACAUCCAAAUGCACUCAACAAGUAUGGCUUUCUCAAUGGCCCAUUUGUAGUUAGAGAUGCCCUGUUUCCCCUGUGAGAGAUGCAGGCACUCCUGGCGUCUUGCUUACGCUUUUUCUCUUGCAGGUGACAGAAUGAUGGCAGCAAGACCUCCUUAUCCAUCUUUUCAUGGGGGCAGAAGGGAAGCAGCUGCUCUGGAACCAGAUCAGGUCAGGAGAAGCUGCCUUGUGGGGACAGAGGCUGAGGGAUGGAGCAAUGUCAUGGACUGGUUGGGCACAGAGGAAUGGUGGGAGGAAGCAGCCAGGGAACCAGGAAGGGAAGAUGGCUCAGAGCCCAAGGAGUGGAGGUGGAGGAAGGAUGGGUGGUCAGAGGAAGAAGAGGGAGAAGCCUGGGAAGAGGAGGUGUCAGAAGCUGAAGGCGUAACAGGGCUUAGUGAGCUGGGAGACUCUGUGGCAGAAUGCAGUGCAGAAUCAGAGGCAGAAGAGGAAGGAGGCGAGUGGGAGGAGGAUGGUUGA